AUGUCUUGGAACUUCGCUCUACACAAGAUUAAUGAAUCAUUCGACCAGAUCGCGGAGUGGUAUCGAGUUUUCAUGCACCGGACAGAGCAAUCGUUCCGAGCUCUCCACGAGCGUUUAACAUUCCUCGAAAAUCAACAGUCCUUGCAAGGCCCGAGCGACGAACAAGUAGAGCGUGUCCUACGCAAGAUACUGGCUGAGAAAUUUGCGGACUCAGGUGUCCAUCGUCUUGAGCGUCCAAGCAACAUAAAGGAAAGCACAUGCUCCUUCCAGAAAACUGAAGAGGAUUCACCGUUUCCGAACCCCAUUCAAAUCGAUACCACCAUGCUUCACGUUGAUCCCGACGGGGUUCCUUCUGAGGCAUAUCGAAAACAAUUCAAGAUGUUGGAAAGCUCGUUAUCCGAAUUUCCACAUGUGGAUUUGAAGAGAUCCCAACAAUCCGAGGAGCCACAGGACGUCAAGGACCCUUCCCUCCAAGCCAAGGCUCGUAAUCAGUCUCCGGGUAACCAACACCGCACUAAACCUUGGUGA